AUGCCACCUGCACUACGCAGGUCGUCCCUCCAAACCCUUCCUGGUUGUUGGAAAGUGGUCGCAGGAACAGGGCCGUUCGUCGCCUUACGUUUGCAGCACUACGCGCUCAUAAUGCCGCCAAUCUGCCUCUCAGCUCUUUGCCAGCUGGUUUUUCUUCUUCUGGUACUUUUACAUAAUGCUGCGGCGCUGAAAUUCUACACUAAUCCUACGAGCUUACUAUCUCACCAUAGCACACCUGAUACGACGAGAAUCUCAAGUAUAGAGGGCUCGCAAAUACGAGACUUGGGUAGUUACAUCCUACAAGGACUGGACAAUGGUCACACAACUGCCGAUGCUCGUACAACCACAACCGCACUAGGCGCGCAGCACGCAAACCAGACGAGCCAAACCUCUAACCUUGGCACAGUCACAUCUAAAGCCUCCUAUUCUCGUGCGUCGUUCACAUCUCCUACGCCGAUGCGGUCCGAUGUAUGGAACGUGACCUCGAGCUUCAACGCAAAGCCUGAAGCUGUUUCGAAAGCAAGAAAAUGCUGGUCCGAUAUUAUGACUUGGAGCAGCUCGAGCGCGGCUUGGUGGAAUGAGCAUGUGGCAAACCGUACAUGGCCGAUGACAAGCACCGAGGAGCCUGACAAGUAUUUAACAUCAUGGACCAAGACCAUAUAUCCGCCAGACGUGAGCACUUACAAACUAUGUGAUGGUACCCCACGAGUCAACGCACGACCAACGACACUGUCUAGUUACUACAACACCACCACAACAACAUACACACGAACUUUUGCCGCAGUCCCAACGUUUCGACCACAGCCGUGCGACCCAUCUCCUCAAGACUGCCAUAUCUGGUACGCCGACUCUAGCAUCAAGCAAUUGAACGAGAACGCGCUGCUCAAACAGUGCGGUAACCCUGCCCACGGUACGAAUGGACCUUGCGUAUUCGGCAUAAAGGGCGCCGUUGAGCUCAUCUACUUCCCCGUCGAGACUCUCGGCUCGAACGGCAGCUUGUGUACAGGCAAUGGCUCAACUCUCCCGGCCACACCUACGGGCACGGGGCCGAACAAGAUCACGACUCUCGGGCAUACCUUCACCAGUGGCUCAGCAUACAUCUCCAUUCAAUCUUUGUCUGCGUACAUUGAUGGCUUCUUCUACACUGUUGGUCCAACUUUCACCGACCUGAUCUUGACGUUGGCUUCUUCAGAAGUCUCUACACAAUGCGGCGGUAUUCGAAACCAUGCCACCCAGAUGAAAUGGGAAGACCUCAACUGGCCAGUACCUGCCAGCGCAUACAGUUGCCAGGAUCGAUGUGGACAUGGAAGACUCGAGGACCAGGUUGCAGGUACCACGCCGACACAAUGUUCGACCAUCUGGAGUGAUGUUAAUCCGCUACUGGCGAUUCCAACGAUGAUCACGGACCUGGCCCCUGAGUUCUCGACGUGCAUAAUCGAGUCGAAUGGCAAUCUAGCGAAUUUUUGGUUUGACCCGCCCAUCGCUCUGCAGCCAGCUGCAGCGAAAGCCACCCCAACAUUAUCAUCGCAGCCGAGCACGACGCCUGCUUCCGUUGGAGAUUCGCCGAUUAAGCCAACCCCAGACAGUACGGCAACAUUUGGAAUCACAGAACCGAUCACAACGACUGUUGAGAAUGUCCCUCCCCCACCGAGCCAAAGCGCGGGACCUGCUUAUCCAUCCUCUGCAGACGCCGCUCAUCCUUCCUCCAUUAAUGUUGAAUCACCCAAUGGUCCGGACGUCUCGCUUGGACACUCUAGUGCGAGCCGUCUUGAUGUAAAGCCUACAAUGCAGCACUCUGGACCUGAACCUGUGGAGAGCGAUGCUGCUGAUGAUCAUCCGAUCAGUCAGUCACCAACAUCUGUAGUCGCACCCGUCGCUGCACCUCCGGCUCUUUCUGUCCUGACAGAAGCUCUGUCGACUUACACCUCCUCGUCUGCGUUAUCGAACGCGCCAAACACCGAGGGUGGCCAAAGUGUAAGUCAAGGUACACUACCAAACCUAUCGAAUGGUCUCCCCGAUCCAACUGAUGCGGCCGGCGGGGCUAUUUUCACCUUUGACCCUGUCGAGACCAGCAAGCCUACUGCGACUACUGUCAAUGACUCGCCAGAGGUGCCGGUGAUCCCGGGACUAUCUGUUAGUACAGACUCCAAAGGAUGGAUUGUCGUCUCCCCCAGCGGACAUACAGCUACUGCGACACACCAAGCGAGUGGUGGAACUCUGCCCUCCAUCACAGGCAUUUCUGUUCCGCAACCUCUUAUAUUCACGGCCCAAGACCCUGGAGGCAACCCCCGAACGGUUGUGAUCGAUGGACAGGCCGUGCCCGCCGACGGUGCUAUAACAUUCUUGGGCCAAACAAUCUCACACGUCAGAUCUGGAUUGGCAAUCAUCCCUGCGCCAACGAGCGAAAUAACAGGUCUCGCACCGACUGUUCUGCAAGCUGGUGAUCUAACAUUGACUGCGAAGCCGGUGUCCGGCGACCCUAAUGCCGUCGUCAUCCAUGAUACUACGCUCACCCAAGGUGGUUCUGCAGCGACCAUCAGUGGUCAAAUUGUCACGCAAGCGUCCGACGGUCUUCAUUUGAUAGGCCCAUCUUCGACAAUCCCAUUCAGCCCCACCACCCCGGCUUCCAAAACGUCUUCCAGCGCCCCUGUCGAGAUCUAUGUUCUCGGCUCCGUCACCAUGUCUGCUACUCCUGAUCCGCACUAUGUCAAUGGGUGGUUGGUAGAUGGUACGAGCUUAUCAUACGAGACCGGGAGUAUUGUCAUCGAUGGGCUCACAAUCACGCAUGCGUGGGGUGCGAUGGAGAUCUCUGGGACAGAGAUGAGUACAGUUGGAGUUGCGAAGACGGCGACCAGCUUGCCUUCUGUGAAGAUACAUACGUUGACGAGAGGCACGAGCACGAAAUCUGAAGAAAGUACUGCUGCUGUGGCGACCAGUGAAGUGGCGGCCAGCUCUGUAGGAGCCAGAUUGCAGCGUGGUGAUGCUGUGCUGCUGACCAUGUUGUUAACCAUCAUGAGCAUAAUCGUAAUUUGA